GCCACGCCAAAAAGCUGCCACCUUUAUACAGCCUUCGGGCAGAGUGAUUAAGAGAGAGAGACCCAAAAUUUUGCCUUACCUUCCCUUCACUGCCCUUUUUGAUAUAUAGAGAGAGAAUCACCUACUACUCCUUCUCCCCUGUUUUCUUUCUUUUAUUACCCUUUGGAGAUAUCUUUCUCCAUUUCCAUCUUCUCCAGUUUUUCAUUUUUCUCAGCUGAAGCUUGAAGAUGGGGGAUAAGGAUGAAGUUUUGGAAGCUGUUGUGAAGGAAGCUGUUGAUUUGGAGAACGUGCCGGUUGAAGAGGUUUUUCAGACCUUGAGGUGUAAUACAAAUGGUCUGACAGCAGAGGGGGCUCAUGAGAGGUUGGCCAUUUUUGGGUACAACAAGCUUGAAGAAAAAAAGGAGAGUAAGAUUUUGAAGUUCUUGGGAUUUAUGUGGAACCCUCUUUCAUGGGUUAUGGAAGCUGCAGCUAUAAUGGCUAUUGCUCUGGCCAAUGGAGGGGGAAAACCUCCAGAUUGGCAAGAUUUUGUUGGGAUCAUAACCUUGUUACUUAUCAAUUCAACUAUAAGUUUUAUUGAGGAGAACAAUGCUGGAAAUGCUGCAGCCGCUCUCAUGGCUCGUCUUGCGCCAAAAGCUAAGGUUCUUAGAGAUGGAAAGUGGAUUGAGGAGGAAGCAUCAGUUCUUGUUCCUGGUGAUAUAAUCAGCGUUAAGCUUGGUGACAUUAUUCCUGCUGAUGCUUGUCUCCUUGAAGGUGAUCCGCUAAAGAUCGAUCAAUCUGCUCUCACAGGUGAGUCACUUCCUGUGACUAAAGGCCCUGGCGACAGUGUCUAUUCGGGUUCGACAUGCAAACAGGGAGAAAUUGAAGCGGUUGUUAUUGCUACCGGUGUUCAUACAUUCUUUGGCAAAGCUGCUCAUCUUGUGGACUCCACGAAUCAAGUGGGUCACUUCCAAAAGGUCUUGACUGCUAUUGGAAAUUUCUGCAUAUGUUCCAUUGCUGUGGGCAUGAUAGUGGAGAUUAUUGUUAUGUACCCAAUCCAACAUCGGGCGUACCGUCCAGGGAUUGACAAUCUCCUAGUUCUUCUCAUUGGAGGAAUUCCUAUUGCAAUGCCAACAGUUUUGUCGGUCACGAUGGCGAUUGGAUCACAUCGCCUAGCUCAGCAGGGAGCUAUCACUAAACGAAUGACUGCAAUAGAAGAAAUGGCUGGAAUGGACGUGCUUUGUAGCGACAAGACAGGAACACUGACCUUAAAUAAGCUUACUGUUGACAAGACUCUAAUAGAGGUUUUCGCCAAGGGAGUGGAUCCAGAUACUGUUGUUCUCAUGGCAGCUCAAGCCUCCCGAAUUGAAAAUCAAGAUGCAAUAGACACUGCUAUAGUAGGGAUGUUAAGUGAUCCAAAGGAGGCACGAGCUGGCAUUCAAGAGGUUCACUUCCUUCCGUUCAAUCCAACCGACAAGCGCACUGCCCUGACAUACAUUGAUAGUGAUGGUAAAAUGCAUAGGGUCAGCAAAGGUGCUCCAGAGCAGAUCUUGCAUCUCGCACACAACAAAUCAGAGAUAGAAAGAAGAGUUCACGCUGUAAUCGAUAAGUUUGCAGAGCGAGGAUUACGUUCUCUUGCAGUGGCAUACCAAGAAGUUCCUGAAGGAAGGAAGGAGAGUCAUGGAGGGCCAUGGCAAUUCAUCGGCCUAAUGCCGCUGUUCGACCCACCUAGACAUGAUAGUGCAGAGACAAUUAGGAGGGCUUUGAAUCUUGGUGUAAAUGUUAAAAUGAUUACAGGUGAUCAACUGGCUAUAGGAAAGGAAACCGGACGUCGGCUCGGGAUGGGAACAAAUAUGUAUCCUUCGUCUGCAUUAUUAGGACAAAACAAAGAUGAAUCCAUUGCUGGGUUGCCUGUUGAUGACUUAAUUGAAAAGGCUGAUGGAUUUGCUGGUGUAUUUCCUGGUAAUAUGUUUCAAAGUUUAUCAUACUUAGGACCUAUAAUGGUUGAAUACAAACAUAAGUUACUUCUAAUGUUUUGUCAUUCAGAAUGUUAUCAGCCAUCAGUAUUUGCUCGACUUAAAUGCUUGUUACAUGUUACAGAGCACAAAUAUGAGAUUGUGAAACGUUUACAAGCUCGAAAACAUAUAUGUGGAAUGACUGGAGAUGGUGUAAAUGAUGCUCCUGCUCUUAAAAAGGCCGAUAUUGGCAUAGCAGUUGCAGAUGCAACCGAUGCAGCUCGUAGUGCUUCGGACAUUGUUCUUACAGAGCCUGGUCUUAGUGUUAUUAUUAGUGCUGUUCUAACCAGCAGAGCCAUCUUCCAGAGGAUGAAAAAUUACACGAUUUAUGCAGUUUCGAUUACGAUUCGUAUUGUGCUUGGAUUCAUGUUACUGGCUCUUAUAUAUCAAUUUGACUUCCCACCUUUUAUGGUUCUGAUCAUUGCCAUCCUUAAUGAUGGUACCAUAAUGACAAUAUCAAAGGAUAGAGUGAAACCAUCUCCUCUGCCAGAUAGCUGGAAGCUGGCUGAGAUCUUUGGAACUGGAAUUAUACUUGGAGGUUAUUUGGCUAUGAUGACUGUUAUUUUCUUCUGGGCGGCUUACAGAACCGACUUCUUUCCACGUACAUUUGGGGUUUCCAGCCUUCAAAAGAAGGAUGAGGAUGACUUCAGAAAGCUUGCCUCGGCAAUAUACCUGCAAGUGAGUACAAUUAGUCAGGCCCUCAUUUUUGUGACACGAUCUCGGAGUUGGUCAUUUGUGGAGCGUCCUGGCCUGUUGUUGGUUGCAGCUUUUGUUAUUGCUCAGCUGAUUGCUACACUGAUUGCUGUCUACGCAAACUGGAGUUUUGCUGCAAUAGAAGGAAUUGGCUGGGGCUGGGCUGGUGUGGUUUGGCUUUACAACCUCAUCUUUUAUUUCCCACUUGAUUUUAUCAAGUUUGCAAUCAGAUAUGCCAUAAGUGGUAGGGCAUGGGACCUUGUCAUUGAACAAAGGAUUGCCUUUACAAGGAAGAAGGAUUUCGGGAAGGAAGAGCGUGAGCUCAAAUGGGCACAUGCGCAAAGGACACUCCAUGGGCUGCAGCCACCGGAAGCUAAGAUGUUUUCCGAGCGCACAGCUUAUACAGAACUCAACCAAAUGGCCGAAGAAGCUAAACGACGAGCUGAGAUUGCCAGGCUGAGAGAGCUGCACACAUUGAAAGGCCACGUCGAGUCGGUGGUGAGGCUGAAGGGUCUCGAUAUCAACACAAUUCAGCAAUCAUACACAGUAUAGAGAACAUAGGCUUUUAUAUCUGCAUAAUAUAGUGUUACCAAUCACAAAAAGGAGAUCCCAUAUUUCUCAUCUGAUGUAUAAAAGACUUUACGAACAUAUUAGCAAUAUUAUAUCAAAGUGAUCUCAAAUGUGUUGAAUGAACGUUUGUGAUGAUCAUCACUGGUUCCAUUUCUCCAUGUA